UCUAUUGAGUGUCAUUUACCUUCAACACUUUGGGCCAGGCCGUGCAGUCUCUCGAGCCAUCAUUCACGCCACGCCAUCCGUCGAACAACGUAUUAACUAUAUCAAAACUUGAAGCCCGACAAACUUGGAACUGAAUCUGACCAUGGUCGCCGGCAGAAUGCUAUCCUCGUUUCUGGCCCUAGCUCUGUCCAUGUUGUACUUGAAUCACAGCUGCAAUGCGAAGAGCCUUCCGUCAAUAUCAUCUAAAGAAAAUGGUUUGGUUGCACAUUCAUUGAGACUGCUCCAGGAUAGUAAAUUCGAAGAGGGAAAACUUUUAUGUCUCUCAAAAGGUUGUGUGAAAGCUGCGGCUUCUUUAAUCAACGACAUGGAUCGAUCAGUAGAUCCAUGUGAUGAUUUCUAUCAGUUUGCGUGUGGUAGUUUUAUAAAAAACACAAUUUUCGACGAUGUCAAAAUGUCAGUAAGCAAAAUUUCAGAGAUCGAAGAUGCAAUUGCAAAUUGGAAGCAAAUGAUCGUCGAAGAACCCAUUCAACCUGAUGAACUGAGACCGUUCAAAAUGAUGAAAUUACUAUAUAAAUCGUGUAUGGACCAAGAACACAUUGAAAAGAUAGGCUUGGAGCCGAUCAAAGAAAUGUUUAAAAGCCUCGGUGGAUGGCCAGUGCUGGAAGCUGAGAAAUGGAACGAAUCGAAGUUCACGUGGAUGGACAGUAUACAUAAAUUAAUAGUGCCGGGAAAAAAAACCAAUGACUACUUCAUCAACUUCAGUCUUACUAUACUUCCUGAAAAUAUGACGAACCUUUUACUAUAUAUGGACAAAGCGUCCUUGGGACUGAAAUCGGAGUACCUGGUCAAGGGUAAAGAUCACGAAGUCGUGGAAAAAUACUACAAGUACAUAGUGGACAUUGCGGUACUGUUCGGCGCUGACCGGCAAAGAGCCACCAAGGAACUGAGUGAGUCGUUGGACUUUGAGAUAGAAUUGGCCAAGAUAGAAGAGCAAUGGGACCCAUCCAAUAUUAAUUAUAAAUAUAAGCAAGUAGAUAUACUAACCCUACAAGAUACUUUCCCGAGUACACCAUGGAAAGAGUUCUUCGACAAAUUGUUGAACAAGUUCAUACGUCAGGACGACUUUCUACUUGUGUCUUCGAUGAAAUUCUUAGAGGACUUGCUAACCCUUCUCAACAAAACGCCCAAAAGGGUCCAAGCGAAUUACGUGAUUCAGAGAUCUGUUAUUGACUCCUUAAGUUAUCUGACUGAAGAACUGAGAAAUAGAAAUUAUAAGUACAUGAAAGAGCUAAAACCCAAUUUUAAAGUAUAUCCCCGACGGGCACAAUGCGCAACUAUCAGUACUACAUUGUUUGAUUUAGCCAUUGUGUCGUUAUACGUUAGACGGGUUUUCAAUGAAAACGCUAAACAGAAUGCUUUAAGAAUGGUGAAUGGUAUCAAGGAGGAACUGUAUAAAACAUUAUCGUCAAAUGAUUGGAUGGACGAUAGAACAAGGGAAAAAGCGAUGGAUAAAGCAAAGGCAAUGACACAUGACAUUGCAUAUCCUGAUGAGCUGUUGGAUGAUAGCAAGUUGAAUGCGUAUUAUGAAAAUUUGGAUGUCAACGACCAAUACUUUUAUACAUCAAUAUUGAAUUUUACUAAAUUUAAGACUGACAAUUAUUUUUCGAUGUUAAUGAAAACUAAACCGGAUUGGGUUUUUGAUACUACUUUUGUAGCAAAUGUAAAUGCGCAAUAUGGACUCCGGUCAAAUAAUAUCGUACUUCCCGCUGGUAUCUUGCAAGGUGCAUUUUUCUCUAACGAUCGUCCUCAGUACAUGAUUUACGGCGGAAUUGGAUUUAUAAUUGGUCACGAGAUCACUCAUGGUUUUGAUAGCACAGGUAAACGAUUUGAUAUGCAUGGCAAUAAGACGAACUGGUGGACGGAGGAGACGAAUAAACGCUUUAUGGAAAAGCAAAGUUGUUUCAUCAAUCAAUAUGGGAACUACACUGUUCAUGAAAUCGGUCUCAAGGUGGACGGCAAUCUAACGCUGAGCGAUAAUAUGUCGGACAACGGCGGCUUGAAGCUGACGUACGACGCGUACAGAGUGUGGGUUAAAGAACACGGCGUCGAACCACGGCUGCCCGGGCUCCAGGAGUACACACCACAGCAGAUGUUCUGGUUGAGCAACGCCAAUGCGUGGUGCUCCAAGAGUACGCUUGAAUAUCAGAAGUAUCAGAUUACCAAUGGCGAACAUGCGCCUGAGCGUUUCCGGAUCAUCGGCUCGUUUUCCAACAUAAAAUACUUCAGCGACGACUUCCAGUGUCCGCUGGGCUCCAAUAUGAACCCGGUCAAGAAGUGCCACAUGUGGUGAGACCACACUCUCUGACCAUGCAUAUUAUAUUAUUACUACUAUUAAUAUUAUUAUAAUUAUUAUGAUUAUUACUUUUUUUAUAACAUAUUAUAUGUUUAAUAACGCAUGAUCAUGGCAUAAUGUUUUCUUAUAUACAUAUAUUAAAGGUUUAUUUUAUCAUAAACA